CGGGCCGGCUGGGCAGUGCACCUGCACCUCGGCGGGCUGCUUGGGGCAGCGUCCCCGGUCUGCCCGGCCCCGCCAUGGCCAGGCCGCAGAGGACUCCGGGGCGCAGUCCUGACAGCAUCGUCGAGGUGAAGAGCAAAUUUGACGCCGAGUUCCGACGCUUCGCACUGCCCCGUGCUUCAGUGAGUGGCUUCCAGGAGUUCUCACGGUUGCUGCGUGCUGUGCACCAAAUCCCUGGCCUGGAUGUGCUGCUUGGUUACACAGAUGCGCACGGCGACCUGCUGCCCCUCACUAAUGAUGACAGCCUGCACAGGGCUCUGGCCAGCGGGCCCCCACCACUGCGCCUGCUGGUGCAGAAGCGGGCAGAAGCUGAUGCCACUGGCCUGGCUUUUGCCUCCAACUCUCUGCAACGGCGCAAGAAGGGGCUCUUGCUUCGACCAGUUGCACCACUGCGUACCCGGCCACCACUGCUAAUCAGCCUGCCUCAAGAUUUUCGGCAGGUUUCCUCAGUAAUAGAUGUGGACCUACUACCUGAGACCCACCGACGGGUUCGGCUGCACAAGCAUGGUUCAGACCGCCCCCUGGGCUUCUACAUCCGAGAUGGCAUGAGUGUCCGUGUGGCCCCCCAGGGCCUGGAGCGGGUUCCAGGCAUCUUCAUUUCCCGCCUGGACCUGGUCCUACUGAACCUGAUAGUGACGAUGACAGCAGUGACCUGGUCCUUGAGAACCACCAGACACCCUGUUCCAAUGGGCUGUCUCAGGGGUCCCCAUGCUGGGAUCUGCAUCCUGGCUGCCUACUUCCUGGUGCCCGAAGCUCUCUGCCCUCCCUGGAUAGUCAAGAACAGGCCAGCUCUGACUGGGGGAGUAGCAUACAAGGAGAUGGUAGUGGCUUCAGCCUCUGACAGGCAAGGAUGCAGCCCCUUGUCACUUGAGGCUGCUGGAACAUGGCAUGGACUGCACACUGGGAGGUUAGCUUGCUCACAGGGCUGUCUUAGCCUGGGCAACAUUAAAGAUUUUCUACAAUUAUCAACAUGGUCCUUCUGUGUCACAGCCCCAGCCUCUUCCUUGAUCCUCCAAGCCUGCCUCUGUCCUGGACAGUGGGGAAACCUGUUAAGUUAAGCAAUAGGAUGGUCACCAGGCUUGGCUUUGUAGAGUAAGAAAAUCUCUUAUGGAUGACCGGCGCAGCCCCCCAGUGAGACAGAGGACGCUCUUGUGGGUAACAGGAACUGCCGCUUUAUUUAUGCGGGCUCUGGUUUAUAUAUUUGGCCGUGACCAAUCACAGGCUGCCACGAGGAAGCAGGGCGGGAAUGGGACGCAGGCUCUGGCUAAUAUAUCCAGCUGUGGCCAAUCAGGGGUUGCCACAGAGUCAGCACGGGGCGAAUACGGAGUGAGCAGGAGGUGCGCACGGGGUGGCUAGUUUAGAGAGGGAGGUAACGCCUUGCGGAAGCUGACGUGGUCUUAUCAUCCCGGGCAGGGUGUGUUGAGGGCCUGCGCCCGACAUAUGGAAACAAAUGCCAGUCUGUACAAAAACUUUAAUUUUGACAAAGGAUUAAAAGAUUGGGAUGGUUC